AUCCUGUCAAGCUACACCUUUUAAAGCAGAAACUGUUUUUAUAAGGAACGAAUUUCUCGAUAAGUUAAAUAUUAAUUCUGUAGUGUGUGGUGAAUUCAUGGGAUGGAGGUUUUUAUCUCUUGCUCCAAGGUUUUAACGCAUUAGAUUUUUUAUCUCUAAAUUUUAGCCGGUUUUAGAAGGUAUCAGACUUAGAAAUAGACAUUUGCCUAGUGUCUCGUGUCGAUUUAAAGUAAUUUUUUAAAGAUAAUGAAAUAAUACAUUUUUUAUUUACUAGUAUUCAAUUAACUUUUAUCAUACAACGGCUAAUUACAAAUGUUUUUUAGGUUGGUUAUUUUAAUAUGCCCUCUUGAAUUACAAUAAACAAUGGGAAACUUGGGAACAAUAGGAUACUUAAAAUUCUUAAUAAGUAACCGUAUUGGUUGACGGUCUCCUUAAAUGAUGAGAGAUACCUUUCUAUAGCGCUGCCUACGACCAGGUAUCUUCGAUGUUUGUAGCUCUCACAGAAGGUAAAAACUGAUGGCUCCAUCCAGCAUUAACAAUAAAAGUGGAAAUGUAACUCGUCUCCCCAAAUCAACUGGACCUUGUAGUCCAUCUUCGCCAGGUCAAAGAUUCCGUUAUGGUGUUUGCAGUAGACAUUAAGGUCACGCCGUAUGGAAUAAAAAUGGAAAACAAAACCUAUCGCUCCGCCACUGGAAUUGAGACGCUAUGGACCGGUACUUGAGCUACAGCCAAAGCCAACUGUACCUAAAUCUAUAAAUAGGGUGUGCCUGCCUGCCUGAUAUGGACGGAAAUGAUGUGGCACCUCUUAUUAAGAUUGAACCAAAACAAGAAGAAGAAAUCGAUUCCCAUCUCCAAGAAAACAUUUUAGUAAGCAACCAAACAUUGGGUGCAAUAAAGGACGAAAUUACUAUUACUGCACAGUGCUCCAAAUCGUUCAAUAAUGAAGUACAACAACAAGCUGAUUGUGGUUGGAAUAUUAAAACACAAGUUUCGGAUUUUCAACACACAUCAUAUAGUAAGCUGCAACUUAAACAAUAUCUUUUAACACAUGUUUCUGAAGGCUUUAACUGUGCUCAUUGUGAUUAUGGAACAAAGAAUAAACGACUGUUUCAAAGGCACAUUUUCACACACAAAUUUAAUGCGCUACAAUGUGCUAAUUGUGAUUACAAGACAAACAGCAAAGCCUACUUUGAACGACACCUUUUGAAACAUAAGGAUUUUGAAUGUGGUAAUUGUGAUUACAAGACACAUAGAAAAUACCACUUAAAACGACACCUUUUAAAACAUACUGAUUCUAAAGAUUUUCAAUGUGCCAAUUGUGAUUACCAAACAAAUGAUAAAUACUACUUUAAACAACACCUUUUAAAUCAUACUGAUUCCAAAGACUUUAAAUGUGUCAAGUGUGAUUACAAGACACAUAGGAAAUACCAAUUAAAACGACAUCUUUUGAAACAUAUCGAUUGUAAAGGUUUUAAAUGUGCUUAUUGUGAUUACCAAACAAAUGAUAGACACUACCUUAAACAACACCUUUUAAAUCAUACCGAUUAUAAAGAUUUUAAAUGUACUAAUUGUGAUUACGAGACAAAUUACAAAACCAACUUUAAACAACACCUUUUGAAACAUACCGAUUCUAAAGAUUUUAAAUGUGCUCAUUGUGAUUAUGGGACAAAUAAUAAACGAUAUCUUAAACGACACGUUUUAAAACAUAUCGUUUCCAAAGAUUUUAAAUGUGCUAAUUGUGAUUACAAGACGAACAACAAAUGCCGCUUAACAAGACACCUUUUAAAACAUACCGAUUCCAAAGAUUUUAAAUGUGCAUAUUGCGAUUACGAAACAAAUGAUAAAUACUACUUUAAGCAACACCUUUUAAAUCAUACUGAUUCGAAAGAUUUUAAAUGUGCCCAUUGCGAUUGUCAAACAAAUGAUAAAUACUACUUUAAACGCCACCUUUUAAAACAUACCGAUUCGAAAGACACUAAAGGUGCUAAUUGUGAUUAUGAGACAAACAACAAAUACUACCUGAAACAACGCCUUUUAACACAUACUGUUUCUAAAGAUUUUAAAUGUGCUAAUUGUGAUUAUCAAACGAAUAAGAAAUGGUACUUUAAACGGCACCUUUUAAAUCAUACCGAUUCUAAAGACUUUAAAUGUGCCAAUUGUGAUUAUAUGACAAAUAACAAAUACCACUUUAAACGACACCUUGUAACACAUACCGAUUCUAAAGAUUUUAAAUGUGACAAAUAA